AGAGAGAGAGAGAGGGGGGGGGGGAGAGAGAGAGAGAGAGUGAAGAACACACACAGACACACAUUCGGUCUGAGGCGUCUUGAGCAGUUAUAACAUCUCCCUGCUGGUCGAGCGACCGCCCUAAUCCCGCUAAUCCUCCUCAUCCUCCUUCUGCUCAGAGCCUCCGGAAGCUAACCUGUAGAUUAACUGCUGCUGCUACCGCUCCCACCACCUCACGACCGCACCUACCACACACACUCACACACUCACAGGCGCUGCACAAUGGAGGAGGAGCAGGAGGUGGAGGAGGUGGAGGAGCAGGAGGUGGAGGUGUUCUCAGAAACAGAGACUGGUUGUGAGGAGCUACGACUCGGUGAGAGAGAGACACAAAGUGAGGAAGAGGAGGAGAGAGAAGAGGAGGAGGACAAGGACGCAGAGAUCUUCAGUGCCUGGAUGAGCCGGUACCGGGCGGGGGAGGGCGAGAAGGGGAGGGCGGAGGAGCACGAAGGGGAGGAGCACCGGGCCGGGACCCCCCUGUGGACCUCCGGGGGGUCGCUCGCAGGAGGUCCUCUCUGCCCUGUACGGUCACCCUCUCUGCCAUGCAGUUCUACCGCCUCCACUCGGCCGCUGAGCCUCCGGUCUCGGCCAAGGUCCUCCUCCAGCGCACCUCCUCCCGCGGGCUGCUCCUCUCCUCCCCCGGCCCCCCGCUCGCCUCCGCCCCCGUCACCUCCCCCCCCAACGCCCAGCGCCGCGCCUCCUUCAUCCCCCCCGAGGACGCGCCCGGACACCUGCCCGCCCACAGGACGCACUUCCGCCGCCGCAGCAUAAUGUCCAUGGGCGAUGCGGACUCCUUGUGUCUGAUUUGUCACAAGGAGUUCAGUCAGGGAGACGAUGGAAUACAAGAACUACCAUGUUCACACACCUUCCACAAGCAGUGUGUAGAUGAGUGGUUGGUGAGUCGGCCUUCCUGUCCAACCUGCCAGACCUCAACACCGCAGACCUGCUGAACCUAAACCGGGAUCUACCACUAACCCCUCACUAACCCCCCCACUAACCCCCCACUAACCCCACCAC